AUGACUUCCUUGAGUCUCGUGUAUGUUCACAUCUUCAGGUGGCGAGUGCUGGAACGAUAUUGUACAUUUUUCCUGGAAGCUCUUGCUUGGUUCAUCACUGACCUGGAAGCUUUUGCUUGGUUUGACCUCCUGGAAGCUUUUGCUUGGUUUGACCUCCUGGAAGCUCUUACUUGGUUCAUCGCUGACCUCCUCGACUUGACACUAGAGACGAGACCGUGUGAGGAAGAGCGUCGUCACUAUUCAGAGGAUGUGUACCUAGCGAGUGGUGAACCUGUGGGUGGUUUUAUUGGCUUCCUCGCUGGUGAUAUUGCGCCCGCCGCCGCCCGGCCCCAGUCACCCCCGCCGGCCUUCGCCACAGACAGCACCAGUGAGGAAGGCAGCGAACAACAGCCAGAUGUUCCUAGGACCAAUUUCCCGGAGACUUGGCUCUGGGACAUCAUCGUUGUCCCGUCGUCAGGCGUGAGCACCCAGCAGGUGACUGUACCGGACACCAUCACACAGUGGGUGGGCAAGGCCGUGUGUGCCCACCCACAGAAGGGCGUAGGACUCUCCCAGAGGAAGUCCAUCACCACCUUCACCCCCUUCUUCGUCGACCUCACCCUUCCCCCCUCUCUCAAGCGUGGAGAGAUCCUCCCCGUCAAGAUGUCUGUCUUCAACUACCUCGACCAACCCAUACCUGUGUCUGUGAGGGUGCAGGUGAGUGAGGAGUACCAGAUCUUGGAGGAGGCGACUGAUCAGAUUGUCCUCGGGAAGCGUAGCUCUUGUGUCCCGGCACAGGACAUGGUCGUUCACAUAGUGAGGAUCAAACCCCUGGUGAUCGGAGAAGUCAACAUUAGCGUAGCUGCCUUCAUCGACCAUGAGUACUCUCAGCCCUGCGGCUCCGGUGAUUCAUCCAUCAACAGAAGAGACUCACUGAUAAAACCCAUCACAGUGGAGGCCGAGGGGUUCCUGAGAGAGAAGACCUGGAGCAAGUACAUCUGCUCUAAAGACUUUGAGACUGGCGAGGACUCGCUGGAGGCGUGGGAGCUGGAGACCCCACAGGUCAUGGUGGAGGGGUCAGAGCGAGGCUGGGUAACGGCCGUCGGUGACCUCAUCGCUCUCACACUCGAGAAUUUGGGGAGCCUGAUCCGGAUGCCGUACGGGUGUGGGGAGCAGAACAUGAUCAACUUCGUGCCCAACAUCUUCAUCAUGCAGUACCUGAAGGCCUCCAACCAGACCACCCCGGAGACCACCAGGAGGCUCCUCACCUACAUGAAGACCGGGUACCAACGGGAGCUCCUCUACCGUAGAGGUGACGGCUCCUUCAGCGCCUUCGGCAACGCUGACGACUCCGGCUCCACCUGGUUGUCGGCCUUCGUCCUCAAGUCCUUCAGCCAGGCCCAACAGUUUACUGUGAUUGACAAGAAUGAUUUGAACCAAACAAGCACUUGGCUUCAGUUUAAUCAGAGAAAGGACGGUUGCUUCAACAACACUGGUAAAGCCUUCAGCAAGGCCAUGAAAGUGAGUAUUUUUCUCAUGCAUAACACCGAUUGAAUGAGAAUCAUUUGG